AUGCCUAAACAAGACAAAAAGCCGUUGACCCAGAGCGCAGAGAGCAAGGACACGCUGCUGCUAAAGUACGUAAAGAUUACCGCCAUCGUAGCCCUGUACUGGUUCGUCUCCAUCACUAUGGUCUUCCUCAACAAACAGAUUCUCAGCGGAUCGAGUUUCAGCCUGGACGCCCCACUCUUCAUCACCUGGUUCCAGUGCCUGGUCACACUGCUGAUCACCAUCAUCGGCACUUUCCCCAAGCUCCACCUGCGCCUCAAAACGGUCCGUCAGGUCCUUCCGCUGACGGUGGUCUUUGUGGGGAUGAUCUCCUUCAACAACCUUUGCCUGAAGAACGUCGGCGUCGCCUUCUACUUCAUCGGCCGCUCGCUGACCACUGUCUUCAACGUGGCGCUCACCUACUUCAUUCUCGGCCGGACAACCUCCUUCUCGGCCAUCUUCUGCUGCCUGGCAAUUGUCGGCGGCUUCCUGCUCGGCGUCGACCAGGAGCAGCUAGUGGGCACGCUGUCCGUGUCGGGAGUUCUCUUCGGCGUGCUCGCCUCCUUUGNCGUCUCCCUCAACUCGAUCAUCACGGUGAACGCCCUGGCCGCAGUUGGCAACAGCAUCUGGCUGCUCACCUUCUACAACAACCUCAUCGCCUGCGUCCUCUUUCUCCCGCUCAUUCUGAUCACCGGCGAGGUGGGCACUCUCCUUACCAGCUCCUCACUUCAGCUGGGCAGCCUCCUCUUCUGGUCGCUGAUGGUCGCCUCGGGAGUGAUGGGCUUCGCCAUUGGCUACGUCACCAGCCUGCAGAUCAAGUACACCAGUCCGUUGACGCACAACAUCAGCGGCACGGCGAAGGCCUGCGCCCAGACUGUGCUGGCCACCCACUUCUACGCCGAGACGAAAACCUUCAGCUGGUGGCUGAGCAAUGUGGUGGUGCUGGUCGCCUCGGCCGCCUACGCCCGCGUCAAGCAGCUGGAGAUCAAGUCCGCCCACCAGCACCAGCAGGUGACAAACGCCAAACAGGAGCCCCUCUUGUCUCAAUCUUCUUCUUCUUCUCUGGUCGAAAAAGACGACGAUAAUGAAUCUCUGGAUGAGUCCUACCCGAUGGAAGAUUUGCACCGCAAGCGAGCUAAGCCUGAAUCGGUUUAG